AUGUCGAUGCCAGACAUCCUGGAUCUACACAUGAACAACAGCACACUCAAAGAAAUAAUGUCAAAGAAUACAGGAGAAAACACGUGGCUUUUAGGUGACGCUGGAUUACCGUUGGAGACAUUUCUUAUGACUCCAUUUCGAGCCGCAGAAAGCGGCAGCCCAGAAUGCAGACACAAUAAAGUGCAUUGCAAAGCCAGGAAAAUAAUAGAGCGAACUUUUGGUAUUUUGAAGUCGAAAUUCAGAUGCUUAUCUUCCGAGCGUGGGCUUCAUUACGCACCAGAGCAAGCGACUGUAAUAAUAAAUUCAUGUUGUGCCAUUUAUAACAUUGGACGUCGCUAUGAUUCUCAUUUUACAGACUGCGAUACCGAAACUGAUAUUGCAGAGAUGGAG